ACCGUGCUGAAGUGAUUUAGUUGCACACGCGGCGCUGACAGUCAUUUUGCCAAUGCGGCUGCUUAGCUAGCUGUGAAGACUGUUUCGUUUGUCUUUACCAAGACUCAAGUAACGUUAGUUGUUCUUCAGCAGCAUGUAGGCGCUAGCGGCACUUGCACUGGCUAUUUCAUCAUUAUUAUUCUUUUAAUGUUGGUAAAUGAAUAUAGCCCGAGUCUCGUAGCGAAGUCGGAAAAAAGGGUGGUAUUCGUGAAGACAGUAUAAAUAUAGGAAGUCAGCUGGAACAUUAACAUUCACGGACAAUGAUCUCAUCAGCGUUUGGAAAACAGGACACUGUGAUCGAGGACAGCGAUGGUGUAUGCUGCAAGCGCAUACGAAUAGCCGCUGCUCUGCACCAUGUCGCUCGUGCCGUGUGUCUGGCAUUAGCGCUGUCCACACUGUCUUAUCUCGGCUCGCGUCAAAGAUGGGCAAUGAAAUAUACCGUGGCAGUGUGCAGAGUCCGGCGCUACGAUCCGCCCAAGCAGGGCAAUCCCUUUAGCGACCCAGAGGCAGAGGGAGAAGGAGCUUACCUGCAGCCGACAAACACAGCAGCUUAUCCUGCUUACGGGCAGUAUGCCCAGCAGCGGGCUUCUCCCAAUGGAUGGGGGAGGCAUGCAGCGCACCGACGCCCGUAUGGACAUACCGUACGAGAUCGCAUGCAUGCGCGACCGGCAACAUUAAAUACCAACUGGCAAUGUCCGUGGAUAGGUGCACCUGCAGAAAACAAGCGUAUUGACUAUGGCCAGUGUUACUUUGGCAAGAAUAGCAUGCUUUGUGAUUCAAUGAUGUCAACUGCUGGAGCAAGCAUCGCUUUACUUCUGGUCUUCUGGUUAAGGGAGUGUUACAUGGCCAUACAGACAGCACGCUGGAAGAGGAAACUACCCAUGUACAGCCAGCCGCCGUUCGUAAUCUGCGGCUUUCUGGCGCUUGAGAUGCUGGCAAUGCUGAUACUGCUGUGUGUGUGGUCUGUCAGUAGCCAUGUGGCAGCACAGAAUGUAGACAGAUGUGAAGACAUCGCUCGCCAAUCACGCUACACUGAUUGCCAACGCGCCCACAUUUACCCAUAUCGUCAGGAGCAAGAGUGCAUACCGGAAAAAUAUGUUGAUGGCUUCGUGUGGAGGCUCUGGAAUGACAGGUACAGGCAGAACGUCCCGGCUAAGCGUGUCAUCAAACUGGCUACAUCGACCGCCUCCGCUCUGGCAUUAGUGAUUGCAGCAUCAUUCUUUCGGAUAUUGAUGCAUUACCAGAGAUCUGGAUCGCAUUAUGGCGGUGGCGGCUCACCACCUGUCCAGUACUCCCAACUCUCUCAGAUUGAUGAUUCACUGUGAAGACGACACACACGCCUUCACAUAUACACCGGGCCUGGUUAAACCUUCUUGCAGUACUCCUGCAGUCCUGGGUGGUCAGACCCUAUUGAAGCCGGUUGGUGAUCACAGUAUUACAGCGCUACAGGCAUUCGCAUGUAUUUCCUUUGACACAUGCAUCAUGAAUGACUUGAUAUAAGAAAGACAGGUAUCGCAUGACUUGUCACAUUCAGAUCCCUGUUUCUGCUACAUGUAUAUUAACAUUGAUUCACUUGCAAAAGCCAAAAGCGUAUCCGAUUUCAAUGCUGGAUAGUUGGCUGUAUGAGAUCUCACACAUCAUUCUUAGCUGUUGGGUUUACAUGUAGAUACAUGACUUGCAGUGUAGAUGCUGAGCAGUCUAGUACUGCUAAGCUGCAGGGCCCGGCCAGCCACUACAGUAGCUACUUGUUCAGCAGAUUGUUGAUUACGAGCACGUAUGCACUCAUGCGAAUGGACAUGUAUAUCUUUGACCGGCAUUACUUCAGUAAAAUGUACAUUUACAAAAAAAAGUAGUUGCAGCGCUUGCAUUUGCAUGAGAGUGUUGAUAUCUGUCUUGUGUCUCAUCCCCCCCAACCAGGCAAACCACUAGAUUGGCCAUUCCACUGGCAAAUUGAGUAAUUUACCAAACAAACUGUAGCAAAUUCCCCGCUAUUUUGCUGUGAAUUUGGCCAAUAUUGAACGCAGAUUGUGCCAUGAAUUUUGAGCUUUUCUUCCGCGAUUUUCCCCGGGGACAGAUACGGCUAAGAG